AUGCCUUUGAAGGUGGUGCCUCUGGCUGAUAUCACAAGAACAUCCACCUCAAAAUAUUACCACACACCCGGUAUUCGUCGAUCAUAUAUUGGUUACACGAAGACUCAGUUAGAGGAAUGUUUGGCUGCAAUUCGAGCAAAAGACCUCACUCAGCAGGAUGCUUCAGAGUUUUAUAAAAUACCUUGCAGUACUAUAAAAUAUAAAUUAGCUAAUAAGUCUAACAAAAACCCAGGCAGACAACCAACUUUCACUGACAGUGAAGAGGCUUUAUUUGUUAAACACAUAUCUACAUUAUCUGAAUGUGGCUUUUCAUUUAGUAAUUUGGAUAUAAAAAUAGUUAUAAGAGAUUAUCUAAAUUCGCGAAAUAGAACAGUACCGCUAUUUCGAAAUAAUAUUCCAGGCAAAGACUGGCUAAAAUCUUUCCUCGAUAGACAUCAGUCGUUAUAUCGACGUCGAGUAAAUGGCAGAGCUCACGUUUCUGAAGUUAGUGUUACGGAUUUUCUUGAACAAGUUAGCAAUGUUAUAGAAAAUGUAGAACCAGGAAAUAUUUAUAGCUAUGACGAGAUAAGUUUUGGCGACGAUCUUCUCAAAAAUACUAAUGUAUGGAGGCGGAAAACUAAAUAUCCCGACAUCAAAACUGAUGCGCUUGAGGCUUGUUUCACAGUCAUGUUUUGUGGUAAUGCUGAGGGAGAGGCCAUUCCACCACUAAUCAUUUCUAAAUCAGAACAUCGCUGCUCAACUUGGGCAGAAAAUGGUCCGGUUGGUGCGUCGUAUAGCAGCACAAAAUACGGGUGGAUCGAUGUGAUAACUUUUGAGAACUGGUUUCUUAGUCAUUUACUACCAAUCCUUAGGAAAAGAAAAGGUCGAAAAGUUGUGAUUGGAGAUAGUCUCUCAUCACACAUUAGCUUAAAAGUGUUAUCUGCAAGUGAAAAGGAAAACAUUAGGUUUAUGUGCUUACCGCCUAAUUCGAUUCACGUGCUGCAACCUCUGGAAAAUGUUUAUUAUCAACCAUUACAACAAAUUUGGUUUGAACUGUUACUAAGCUGGAAAAUAUUUAAAAUUAAAGGCAAUGCGGCAACAACAAUGAAAGCUGAUUUUCCUUGUUUAUUGCGUGCAGCCUUAGAUUUAUUACCAGAUAUAAAGGAAAACCUAAUUAAUGGUUUUAAAGAAACUGGCAUAUAUCCUUUGAGCACACAGGAACCUUUGAAAAGACUAAAUAAAAUUCGGAUUGCAAAUUUAAAAAGGAGAAAAAUAGAGCAUCGACAAUACUACUCCGAACAAUCUGGCUAUGUUUCUGAACCUCUCGAAGAAGGAUCAUACAGUUGGCAAAUUGAGGCACCAAACUCCAGUAAAGAGUUUUAUCUGGAUUAUGAGGACAAUAUUUCAUCGCCAAUGAGUUGUAACGAUUGGGAAGCUAGCGCCGAACCUUCGAAUGAUGUCUGUCUUGUUGUUGUGAAUGGAGAUGAUAUUCUCUUAGUUCAGUUCCAACAAAGUAAUUCAUUAAAGAAUCUCCUCAAUAUCAAGCAGAAAGUACAAGACAUAGACAAAGAGUUCAUGGAAAUAAAUAAAAAUCCUAAACCUAGUCCAAGUGUACCGAAAGAGAAACCUCCUCGGGAAAAGAAAGAAAAGUCGAAACCAGUAACUAAAGAAGACGUAUCAAAAGUUGCAGAAGCCGUUGUUGGAAUGGACUUAUAG